AUGAGUAUGGAAAGAACUAUUUACAGCGUAAAAAUUGAUAAAGAGCGCGUCCCUCUUUUUGACGAAGAUUUUUACCAAGGAUUUCGCAGCGAAAUGACCGUUCAAUUCACCAUGGCUGCUCUGGACCCCGCAGUAAAGUCCAAUGAGCCUGUUACUGUCAAGGUGAUUACUCGUCUUCAGCAUUCUGAUGAUGAGGAAGAUGAAGGUGAAGAAAAGGAGGAUGAAGAAGAACAAUUUGUUCUUUGCACCCUCAAGAAGGGAGUCAUUUAUCAACAACCAAUUGAUCUGGUAUUUUCUCCUGGUGAAGAGGUGUAUUUUGAAAAGACCGGUGGUGCUACCGUCUAUUUAAGCGGUUCUUGCACAGUUACCAAUGUCCCUGAAGACGCUGACAGCGACAUGGACGAUUAUGAAGAUGAAGAUGACGAUGAUUUUAUCUUUAAUGACGACCGUUUGAGUGAAGACGAAGAUUUUGAUUCAGGUGCUUCUGAGGAUGAAAAUGAAGACGAAGAAGGUGGUGCUCGCAUUGAAGAAAUAAAUAGCGAUGAUGAGCAACCUGAAGAGAAGCAAGAAUCAUCUGAAAAGAAAGACAGUCAAGCUGGAAAAAAGCAAGAAAAAGCCGACUCUAAAAAGCGUCCUUCAGAAGAAUCCCGCGAAACAGAAGAAAAGGAGAAAAAGCUAAAGUCAGAGAAGCCUGCAAAGACUUACGCCAAGAAAACUUUAGAAGGAAACGUAAUCGUUCAGGACAAGGUGAUUGGCAAUGGACCUGCCGCCAAGAAAGGAAAGCGUGUCACCGUGCGCUACAUAGGUCGUUUAAAAAAUGGCAAGGUAUUCGAUAAAAACAUUAGUGGUAAACCUUUUUCUUUCAAUUUGGGUUUGGAAGAAGUGAUCAGAGGUUGGGACCUUGGUGUUGCCGGUAUGCAAGUUGGUGGUGAACGUACUUUGAAUAUUCCUUCACUUAUGGCUUAUGGAGCUAAACGUCUCCCUGGAAUUCCUGCCAACUCAGAUUUGGCUUUCGAUGUGAAACUUUUGGCUGUCAAUUAA